UACAAACAGAAGAAACUUCCUUUGGAUCUUUACCACCUUCAGAAGAGGAAAUUAGAGAAAAUAUCUUGAAAGAAAUAGAAAAUGAAAAGGCUAAAAAAGCUGCUGAGGAAGCCGAACGAUUGAGAAUAGAGGCUGAAAAGAAAAAAAAAAAAGAUUUAUCGAAAGAAGACAAAGAAUCAUUAAUAAAUUCUUCAAAAUUUGCUAAAUUCAUUGACAAUUCCACCGAGCUCAUCGAAGAUAUUCUGAGUGAACGUUUUGACAUUAUGAUAGAUUAUAGUGUUAUUGAAGAUGUAGAAAG